AUGAGCAAAAGUCGCGAUGAAUGGGAAGAGAAGGCAGGGGAGGCACGCAAGGCCGCGAAGAACGUACAGGCACUUCAGAAUACGAUUGAUCACCUCGAAGACCGCCUGGAAAUCGCCAACAUGGAGAGACUGGACGCCCAGGAGCAGCUGUUUAUCAUUCAAGCACAAAAGUCGCCUUUUGACUUUCGACAUCCGAGCCUCGAUCUACCGCCAGCAACCGACCACGAGCAAGACAAGAUCAAGUUCGACAGAAGGAUGCAGAAGUUCAAGAUCUGGAAAGAUCAAGAGAAGAGCUACAGCAAAGUCACGAUCAGAUUGAACGGGAACAUUCGUGCACUCGAGCGGCAAUUGGAGUACCACAAGCUGCUACUACAAGCUCAGAUUCGGAGGCACGCCACUAUGACGCUACAUGCUGCCACUAGCGACAAUCCGCUUCCUGAGCUCAGUAAGCUCACCAAAAGAGAAGACAUUGACCGGUGGAUCGAGCAGUUACAAGAGCGCCUCAAGAAGGAGAAGCUAAUGGCCAUAGAACAUCGAACCUUGGAUCCCAUUGAGGCACGAGUGGCCGAUCUACGUCAAGAGAUUGACUUCUAUGUUCGAGAGAUCAUCUACUAUAAGCUCGAUAUCAGGGGCUACAAGGGUGACAUCAGGAAACUCAAGAAGGUCACCGCCCAGCUAAGCAGCUUCGCAAGCAGGGCCUUCGUACAAGGCACAUCCGAUUAG